GGCAAGAAUGUUUUUACUGCAACAGCACAGUACAGCUAAUACUUUCUAUGAUGCUGCUGUUACAAAAAACUCUUUUCCUGGAUGGUAUACAAGCAACUUCCCUGGCAGUAAAAUUGCCCCUUCUCAUUAGCUCCUUUCUUUUCUGCAGUGCUCUGCAUUAGGAAGCCUACGGCUGGAGAGUGCUGACCUCCUGGAGGCAGCUGGAAUGGUACUGCGGGAUCCUGCAGCUCUUCACUUCCUCUGGGUGGUGGAUUUCCCACUUUUCCUCCCCAAGAAAGAGAAUCCCUCUGAACUGGAGUCUGCUCAUCACCCCUUCACUGCCCCUCAUCCUUUAGAUACCAACCUCCUCUAUUCUGACCCCACAAAGGUCCGUAGCCAGCAUUAUGACCUUGUGCUGAAUGGCAGUGAAAUUGGAGGUGGCUCCAUCAGAAUUCAUAAUGCAGAACAGCAGCGUUUUGUGCUGGAGAAAGUGCUGAAGGAGGACUCAGAGGUGCUUUCCCAUCUACUCGAGGCUCUAGAAUUUGGAGCUCCCCCUCAUGGAGGAAUUGCUUUAGGACUUGACAGGCUCAUCUCCCUCAUCGUUGGCUCUCCGAGUAUCCGAGAUGUCAUUGCUUUUCCUAAAUCAUUCAGGGGAAGGGACCUGAUGGGCAAUGCUCCAGACUAUGUCACUCCAGAAGAAUUAGAGCCGUAUCACAUCCACGUUUCGUGGCCUGCUGCAGAAACAGAAGCGAAGAAAAACUGACUUGUAGCAAGUGAUGUGAAUUGAACUGUUAAAGCAGAGAUGCUUCCAACUUUUAAAUACUGAAAUUCAGUUUGAAAAACAUCAGCUGUUAUGGGAGGACUGGAGGAGUACAACCCCACUGCAAUUUCAGAAUAGAAUGGGGAACAGAUAUGAUAGCUCCCCUGACAGGAAUUCACCUUUAGGUUGAAUGGGAGGGAGAAGUAGGAAAGUGAAAAGAGAAAUGCCCAUCAUUUUAGCUUAGGAUAUUGAGACUGUUGCCUUUGGGGUGUUGUAUUUGAAGGUAAGGUUAUUUAUUAAUUUUCCACUUUCCAGUUUGCACAUGUAAACUCUUUUCCCUGAAAUUUAAAGGAGACAGUGUACCAGCUUCUCUGGAAAAUAAUCCAGUAUUCCUGAUAAUCACUAAAUCUCUAGCUGAGAACUGUUACAGCAGAGUAAUGCCAUGCUGGGUAAAGAACCUAACAAAGCUUCAGUGCAUCCAACAGCUUGUGUCAUGCUGGAGGAUACCUGAUCAUAUGGAAUUUGCCAUGGGGAGUUGUACUCGAGUGUUCCCUGUUAAAAGCAGGGAGAGAGGAGGCGUGGUAUUUGCAGCAGUUGUCCCUUUAAUAUUCAACAAACAGGAGAUGAUGUGUCUUUGGGGCCUGUGGUCCUGCCACUUUCAGAGCACAGCUUCUGAAGUUUGUAUCCUUUGUAAAUAAAGUUUGUCUAGCAGUU